AUGGCCACCCAGAUUGACGCGACAGCGUCUGCAGCGGCCGAGCGACACCCACGCUUCUGGUUCGACGACGGCUCGCUCGUCCUUCGUGCACGCGGGCAGCCGGAUGUUCUGUUCAAGGUGCACCGCUCCCUGUUAGAGCGCCAGCGCCAGCAGGAGACUGCCGUACGUCUGGGAGAGGUGUAUGACGCCCCUGACGGUGUAAGCGAGGGUGAUCUGACUGCGCUCUUUGAGCAUCUCUACCAUGACAUACCACUAUCCCGCCAAGCCCCGCCGUCCCACAUCAUCGCUGUGCUGCGCGCAUCCUCGCCUGGGCAGCUCGACCUCCCCCAGGUGCACGCGCUCGCGCGGGGAUACUUUGAAGAGGUAUUUGGAGGCGGGCCAGCACCGUUCGAGCAUCCCGCGCAUUUGGAGGAGGCGCUGGGAGCUGCGAAUCGGUAUGGCAUACAUGCGGUAAAGAAACCGCUCUUCUACAGCCUGCUGACCACAUCCGAGUUCGAGCCCGAAAUUGAUACCCCAGGAGACGUCGGUGGGCCAACAGUGCUCGGAGCAGGAGAACAGCAGGCGGAACCAGAACUGGUCCCGUCGAUCGUGAAGCGGCACGUUCUCUCGCCGGCGGACGUCGACAGGUGCCGGAGCCUCAUGACGGGCGUCGUGGACCACUUUACGCCUAUAUUGUUCACGCCGCCGACGUCGCACAUGGACUGCACGGAUAUCUUGGCGGAUAAGUGGCUCCCGCUUGUGAUUCAGCCGGCCAUUGAGGACGACGGGGUGUACAAGCCGCUCGAGACGCUCGAGAGGAUCAAGCGGGUCGACUGGGUGAGCGAGGGGAUAUGCGCGGCGUGCGCGAGAGAGAAGCGGGAGGAGUGGACGCGGGAUCAGGAGAAUGUGUGGGAGAAGAUGGAUGGGUGGUUGAAGCUAUAG